CAACUAGCCUUUAUUGACUAAAAUAAAUUAAUCUCUAACAGAAUAAAAUAAGUAUUUAAUAAAACUGAGGUUUUCACUUGGAUGUCAUCAUAGUUACAAAUUCUUCAUAAUUUAUCUGGCCGUCUCCAUCAAUAUCAGCCUCCCGAAUCAUUUCGUCCACCUCUUCUUCGGUCAACUUCUCUCCCAGAUUUGUCAUGACAUGUCUUAGCUCAGCCGCAGUAAUAUACCCAUUCCCGUCUUUGUCGAACACCCUGAAGGCCUCUCUUAUUUCUUCUUCACUGUCGGUGUCCUUCAUUUUCCUGGCCAUCAUGGAUAGGAACUCCGAAAAAUCUAUAGUUCCAUUUCCGUCCGCAUCCACCUCAUUAAUCAUGUCUUGAAGCUCAGCUUCGGUGGGAUUUUGUCCGAGAGAUCUCAUGACCGUCCCUAGUUCUCUUGUUGUUAUUGUACCAUCGUUGUCUUUGUCGAAUAGAGCAAAGGCUUCUUUAAAUUCUGCUAUUUGUUCUUCAGUUAGUUGGUCGACCAUUUCGGUAAAUUCUAUAAUUGUCAAAUUUUGACACACUAUAAUAGCUGAGUUUACAGAUACAGAGUGAUACUGUUUAAUUUCUUUACAAAACAUGCAUCUAGGCAUCUAAGGCACAUGCUCUACAUGACAAGAGUAGCUUCUUUGACUGAUAAUCUUAUUCUGUAUUGUCAAAAUAUUUUCAAAACUGAUCAUGUCUGAAAUACUGCCCGAUGAUCUCAUUGUUGAGUUUAAAGAAGCCUUCGCUUUAUUCGAUGAAGACGGCGAUGGCAUUAUCGAUACAAAAGAACUGGGAACUAUAAUGCGAGCUUUGGGACAGAAUCCCACUGAAAGCGAAUUGGAUGAUAUGAUUAAAGAAAUUAACACGUGCCAGCAAACAGGAAAAAUUAAUUUUGAAGUAUUUUUAAACAUUAUGGCUGCCAAGCUAAAAUCUACAGACAACAACGAAGAGCUGAGAGAAGCAUUUCGGGUAUUCGACAAAGACGGUCUGGGUUUCAUAUCUGCGUCGGAACUGCGUUACGUCAUGACCCAUAUGGGUGAGAAACUAACUGAAUCCGAAGUGGAUAACAUGAUAAGCGAAGUCGAAAUUGACAGAGACGGUUUCAUUAAUUACGAAAAAUUUGUCAACCUGAUGGCCACUGUUUAAUAUAUGCGCAUCAACAUUUUAUUACAAAAAUUAUAUAAUAUGUAUAUACUUAAAGAUUUUUAUUAAAAACUUUAAAAUUACUACUGACA